GAGAGAGAGACACGGAGAGGCGGAGAGAGAGGUUAGGGGACACGGACACACCGGCACAGGGAUAGCCAGUCUCUAACCCAAACAUAAACACACACAGGACGGACACCUGUGGACAAACAGAGAGGACGCUUAUUAUCGAAAAGGAAGGGGGAGGGGACGGCGGACUAACCUGGACUGCCUCGCUCAACAGGGCGCCCGCCUCAGAAAUCCCCGGAUUUGACCUGCGAUCUUCUGAGGGGCUUCGGCUCCGACCUGAAGGAGCUACCACUUUUGCCCCCCUUAACUUGCCCCCGAAUCUCCAUUUGCUCCAUCCACCAUGACGUCGGAGCUGGAGAGCAGUUUGACCUCCAUGGACUGGCUACCGCAGCUGACCAUGAGGGCAGCCAUCCAAAAGGCGGACGCCCAGAGCGCCCAUGGCCCAGGCAUGCCUAAAAAGAGCACCCUGCUGGACCACAACACUACGCUGGACCAGGAGGAGGUGCAGCAGCACAAGGACGGCAAGCCUCCGUACAGCUACGCCAGCCUCAUCACUUUUGCCAUCAACAGCUCGCCAAAGAAGAAAAUGACCCUGAGCGAGAUCUACCAGUGGAUCUGUGACAAUUUCCCCUUCUACAGAGAGGCGGGCAGCGGCUGGAAGAAUUCGAUACGGCACAAUCUCUCCUUGAAUAAGUGUUUUCUAAAAGUGCCUCGCUCCAAAGAUGACCCCGGAAAGGGUUCCUACUGGGCGAUUGAUGCAAAUCCAAAGGAGGAUACGUUGCCCACGCGGCCCAAAAAGAGGCCACGGUCAGGAGAGCGGGCUUCUACGCCCUACAGCCUGGAUUCAGAUUCUUUGGGAAUGGAAUGCAUCAUCCCUGGAAGUGCCUCUCCGACAUUGGCGAUCAACACUGUGACUAACAAGGUGGCGUUAUACAACCCAGACCAAGACGGGAGUGAUAGCCCUAGAAGCAGCCUUAACAACAGCUUGUCUGACCAGAGUCUCGCUUCGGUCAAUCUCAACAGUGUGGGCAGUGUGCACAGCUACACGCCGGUGACAAGUCAUCCAGAGCCAGUGUCCCAGUCCAUGAGUCUACAGCAGCCCCCUCAGCCCCAGUACAGCAUCCCUGAGCGGGACAACAAGCUUCUCUUUUCUGACUUCGAAGAUCUCAGUGCCUCGUUCAGAAGCCUUUACAAAUCUGUGUUUGAGCAGUCCUUUAGCCAGCCAGGUCUGAUGGGUAUGUCGUCGGAGUCGUCGCAGCAGAGCCACACCUCCUGCUCCUACCAGCACUCCCCGAGUAGUGCCAUCAGCACACACCCACACACCGGUCAGAACAGCAUCACCAACUCGCACCCCAACAGCAUCCCCAACAGCGGCGCCCAGGUGCCCCUGUCCCACCCGUCGCACUCCACCCACAGCUCCCCCCAUACACAGCACCUCUCUCAGCACGGGCCACACGCCCACGCCCAACACAGCCAGCACCCACACACAGCACACAGCCAGCAUCCUCAUACAGCACACACUCAACACCAGGCUCACUCUCAGCACACCCAACACACCCAGCACUCCCAGCAGCAGCAGCAGCACCAGAAUCUCUCUCACCAGCCCCAUCCAGCCCAGCAACAGAUGACCUGCAGCACUGCUCUCCCCACUGACUGGUACCCCAAUCUGGAUGCACUGAAGGAAAGUUGUCGCAUUGCCAGCAGCUACAACUGGGCUGAUGUGGACCUCUCACCAUUUCAAGGAUUAAGGGAGAGCAUGAGGCAAGCGGAACUGAACAACUGGUCUCUGGAGCCAACCCAGCUUGUUGACCUCUGCUCCUCUAUCAACCAGUUCUUUGCCCGCACUGGAGUCAUCCAGCCACAGGGGGCAGUGCAGCCACCUGUUUGUCAUGGCUCCAUGCAUCCCAACAAACCCAGCCAGCACAUCAAUACAGGAAACAUGUACAUGGAUUCCAGACAGAGCAUGCCCUCUUUGAUGAGUCCUCCUGGCUAUCACCAUAUGCCUCAGAUGAGCAGCACAGGCAACACCAUGGCAGGCCAUCAUGCACAGAUGAACCAGCAGCAGCACAUGAUGCCGACCGGAAACUUCCCGAUGCGGCGCAUGCCUGCCGACGACAUCCAGGAUGACUUUGACUGGGACUCCAUCGUCUAGGGCCGUCCUUGAGCAAGAGGAAGAAGAAGCAAUGGAAGAAGAGUGUGUAUGUGUGAGAGAGAGAGCGAGAGAGAGAGAGGGCUAGCCCCGAGAUGUCUGUACUGCCCAAGGUGGGGAGCAGUUUGGAACGUAGCGCUUUGAUAAGUGCUGGUGUCGUUUUUAGCUGAAAGAGACUUUUACUGGUGUUUUAGGAAGUGAAAACAAAAACAAACUAAAAGUUACUUUGAAGACAAUCACAUUUACUAGGAAACGUUCAAGUGAUUGCUUUUGUACUUGUCCAAAGGACAAAGAGCUCAUGUUCAUGUUAAAUGUACACCCCCGUCCCCCCCCACACCAUUACUCUGUGACUCUGUGACUAAAACUCUUUUCAGUGACCCUCCAGUCCUUUUCUUAGCUUCCGCUCUUAGGCCGAGCUCUUCCUGCCCGUGAACUUGUGUGUGGGUUUUAUUGUUUUAAGUGAUACGUUUGGUUUGUUCUCUCUCUCUUAUGUUGGCUGGUGCAGGCCCCUGCUGCCUGUCUGCUCGAAUCUGUGAUGUGACCCGAACCUCUGGAAAUGCAGGCCACUUUUCAGACAGGACAAGUUCUCAGCUCCCUCUCUCUGCUCAGCACUGCUGGUUCUUUAGGCUUCUCUGAGCUCUGGUGCUCACACACAUCACCUGAGCCUUUACUGUAUCUUGUACAAAAGUCGCAUAGCACCAGAGUUAAAUCUCAAUACUAGUCAAUGAUCAUCGGUUGUCCUUUUCAUGAUCAACGUGGCUCAUACAAAAAAAUGUAAAUUUACCACCAUUACCUACAGUAUUCGUACUUCGUGUAUCGUUGCCGUCUGCGAUGUAUCACUCGUGUCACUAAUAUAUUUUUUUAGUGUGUAAAGUGCAUCAAGAACUGACACUGAUUCAGACCUCUUGUUUCUUAACACGUUCGUUUCUGUAUCUCAGAAUGUCUUCUCUGUUGUUUUCUCUGGCUGAGGUUGGCACUCAUGCUCACGCUAAUUUUUUUGUUGUUGUCGUUUUUCGUUUAAUAGGGAUAGUCGUUUCCAAAGUAAGAUGGCAGAGAUCUUUAGAAAAUUCUAGCGCAUGGCGCGAACAAAGUAGGGAGUGCUUUCUGUAAGCUCAGCACAGUCGAGUAGCAUCGGGGCACAUUUGCUUAAUGAUGCGUGCUCGAAGAGUCGUCUAGAUUUUAUACCCACGGAUAUUAACAACAAGCACUUGUUCUC